AUGAUUCGACAUCUUCUAAUCAUGUCAGGAUUGAGCUCUAGUUGCAGUAGGGACUGCUCAGGACGUGGUGAAUGCUACAAUGGCACAUGUUUAUGUGACAUACGUUUCACUGGGGAAUUGUGUGAUGGACCAAACUUGCCAUACCAUACAGGAAUUGGUGGUGUAUUCUUCUUUAUAAGCAUAGUUUGUGCAAUUCAACUCAUUACUUGCAUAAUAUCAGAAUAUGUGAGGUUGAAGGCUCCUAGUCUUCUUAGAGCAUGUAAAGUAACCACACAGAAGUUGAUCUACUUUGUAAUCUGCAUUGCCAGCUUGAUUCGUGGAGCAUACUUCAUAUUUCCUGAAUCUUUUGAAUAUGGUUGGUCAAGUAGUCUGUUAUCAUCCUACUAUCCACUACUCAUGUCAAGUGCAUCACUCAUUGUGUGUUUCUGGGCAGAGGUGUUCCACUUGCCAGGCAUUCGCUGGGAUAAACCUCAGUUCCUGUCUAAAUCUUUCCUCGCAUUCAUCACAUUCAAUGUGAUCAGCUUCAGCCUCCUCAUCGCUGAAACCAUAACCACUCAACUUGCCAAACCGCCACCAGAUGAUCCUCGUUUCUAUCAUCACUUAUUCAAUGGAUGCUAUGCAGUUUUGAUGUUCAUCAUUGUUGUUUUCUUUCUAAUCUAUGGAGUUGAAGUGUACUUCAAGGUUCGAGGAGGUUUCAUCACCAAACCACUUCAACUAGCCAGCAACAAUUUAGAAACACAACCUCUUCGAGAUGAACCAGACCUCAGAAAUAGGAUUAACUUGUCUCAACUUCACCAGUCACGUAUUGGUUUGUUGAGCCAAGCUCUGAUGCUCAUCAUCAUCUCUGGAUUCCUGUUUUCUGAAACAUUAUCGGAAUUUUGGAAAACAAAGGUGCCCAUCAACUCUCGCAACCUCCACAACAUCAUAUUCCGUGUGGUGGAGAUCGGCGUGGCCGUAUGGUUCCCUGCGGUCCUCUGGAACUGCAUGCAGCCCUCCGAGCUGUGGAUCCUCAAUCCCAGCAAGCUCCUGUCCCAGCUCGAGCGGCCGAGGAGCGGCGAGGCGGCGGAGGGGGGCGUCAAGGUAGAUAGCGACGACGAGGCGUUCCUGGACAAGCGGGAGUGCUGGAUAUGCUACGACGGGGACAAGAAGGAGCAGCUGAUCCAGCCGUGCGACUGCACCGGGGACGUGUCCAGCGUGCACCACGAGUGUCUCAGAAGAUGGCUGAUGGAGAGCGCGUCGGCCAGCAACGAGCCGCUCCGGUGCAAGGUGUGCCAGUACGAGUACGACAUAUGCAGGAGCGGCGAGGUGAAGUGGGACAAGGGCUUCACGGCCCACCAUUGGGGCAGCACCGCCUUCGUGGUGACGUGCAUGUGCGUGACGGUGGCUGGCGCCUGGAUCGUCAUCCAGCUGUACGACAACUCGUACGUGCGGAUGGCUAGCGCCAGCGUCGCUCUCAUCAUCAUCUACGUUUGCGUCAGGUUUUUGGGACAAAAUACUCUGAGCGCCUAUCAACGUGCCAAGGUAGCAGCACUGAGUAUUGGAAAUCACGUGACUACGAUCAGCGGUAAUGUGAAUUCGCCGACUACCUCCAACGCUGAGUCCGAGGUUGCCAAUGUUUCACUAUAA